GGCGCCCCUACGCGUUAAUUGACCAGCACUGCGCGUGUAGUGGAGUUUCUGCCUAGCUGAGCGACGUCAAGCGAGUGAAGGCUGCUGCUUUCUGGCCGUGAAUUUGCAUGCCCAGCAUCUUUAAUCAUCUUCAACUUGCUCUUCCAUCCCUCAUGCACCGAGCUGCGGGUGACGGCAAUUAUUCACCAUGUCUAGAAUUGACAAGCUCUCCAUCUCGGGCGUUCGGUCCUUCAGCCCCUCCGUGCGAGAAGCUAUCCAAUUCAACACACCAUUGACUUUGAUUGUUGGAUACAACGGUUCCGGAAAAACAACCAUCAUCGAGUGUCUAAAGUAUGCCACAACUGGCGAGCUGCCUCCCAACAGCAAGGGCGGUGCGUUCAUCCACGAUCCAAAGCUCUGCGGCGAGAAGGAAGUGAUGGCCCAAGUCAAGCUCCAAUUUCGAUCGAUAGAUGAUAGACAGCAUGUUGCUACUCGGAGUCUGCAACUCACUGUGAAAAAGGCAACGCGAGCUCAAAAGAUUCUCGACUGCUCUCUCGUUGUGGUCAACAAUGGCGAACGGACGACAACAUCUACACGACAGGCACAGCUGAAUGAGGUGAUUCCUGCAAGACUCGGUGUUUCUCCUGCGAUCCUUGAUGCUGUCAUUUUCUGCCACCAAGACGAAUCACUCUGGCCGCUGAGCGAACCGUCUGUUCUGAAGAAACGAUUCGAUGAGAUUUUCGAGGCUCUGAAAUAUACCAAGGCGAUUGAAAACUUCAAGAUUUUACGCAAGAAGCAAGUUGAGGAGCUUGGCAAGCUUCAAAACGACGAGGCGCACAACAAAGUAAACAAGGAUCGGGGCGAGCGAGCAGAGAAGAGAAUGACUGGAUUGCAAACUGAAAUUGAAGGCGCGCGUGAGAAGUGCGAGGCUAUCACUACUGAAAUGCAAGAGACACAGGACAAGAUCCGCCAGAAGCACGAGCAAGCCAACAGUUUCCUCCAAAUUGUCCAAAAUCUCACCAACAAACGAGAGCAACUAGAAUACAGACAGGAUGCAGUCAAGGAACUGCGCGAAACAAUUGACGAGCUCAAUGAUGACGACUCAGCUCUGGAGAGAGCAUUAGCCCAAUACGAAGAAGUCAUGCAGCGCCAGCAGGAAGAGGCAGACGACCAGAAGACUCAAUACACAGCUCUGACAAACGAACUGUCAGAGUCGCGCAAAACGCUCUCUGCCAAGCUGGCAGAGCAGGGCAAACAUCAGUCAGAUAAAGAAAAACAUGACCGCCAACUCACGCUUCGACUGGAAAUGAUUCAAGAUGCCGCCCGCCAGCACAACAUGAGAGGUUUUGACGAAGAUUUAACCGAGAGUCACAUCAAGUCAUUCAACGAGAAGAUCCAAAAAUUAUUAUCGGACAAGAAGAAAGAGUUGGAGCGUCUUCAAAAGGAAAAUUCGUCAGAGCUUGAUAAUGCCACUGCUGUCAUUACCGACCUGGAAGGCCGCAAAGCGGCCAGAACGCAAGAUCGUGUGUCUGCAAAACAGAGGAUGGCAGCUAUUGAGAAACGAACAUCUGUCUUACAGACUGAGUCCUCCAACAUCCAAGUGGAUGAGGGUGCAAAAGCUAUUCUAGACAGCCAGUUGGAGGAUGUCGAGAAGCGUAUAUCGCAAGUGAAGCGCGAAUUUGAAGCAACGAACUGGGACCAACAAAUCGAGGAAGAGAACAGCAAGUUGUGGAAGGCCGAAACAGAGAAUGAUAAGCUCAGCCGCGAGUUGGUUGAGUGUACGCGUCUGGCCUCAGAAAGGGCACAGUUGGAUUUCAGAAAGAAAGAAGUGGCAGACCGCAAACGAAAGCUUGAAACUCUCUCUGAUACAUGGCGCCCAAAGCUGUCUGCAGCGCUAGGUGACGAUUGGCAACCGGACACUAUCGAAUCCAAGUUCCAAGCUGUCACAACAGUACAUCAGAAAAGUGUCAAUGAAGCCCGACAACGGUGCGAACAGACUCGCCAGAAGCUAGCAAAGGUAGAGUUUAGAGCGAAGAGCGCCCGAGAAGAUCACGAAAAGAAGUCAAAAGAACUCUCAACCUCACAGGAGAAAGUUGUAGCCGUCUUGCGUGAAGUACGAGAAGGUGCUGUCAUUGACGACUACACAGAAGAGGUCGCCGGUGUUGAGCAACAGGCUGAAGACCUCCGAAAUGACUUGAGUCUCUUCGAUGCGCUGGUAGACUACUAUAACAAGUGUAAGCGGAUGCUUGAUGCCAAGAAGAAGUGUCUGCUUUGCGAGCGCCACUUUGACGACAGCCAAAGCGCAAGUUUGGAACGAUUAAGCAAGAAGAUUGAUAAAAGUCUUGACCCCAAAGGCAAGGUUGAUGUGGAAAGGGAUUUGAAAGAUGUGGCUGGAACCUUGGAGGCUCUGCGUGAUGUGCGCCAGUUUUACGACACAUAUGAGCGUCUCCGGCUAGAGCUGCCAAGUGUCAAGGACGACUGGAAAGCAGCAGAAGCUGAGUUUGAAACCCUAGAACGCCAACUCGAGGAGCAUGAGGCUCAAGUCACACAGCAGGAUGAGAAACAGCGAGAUGUCGAAGACUUGGCCAAGACAGUUGCUACCAUCACACAAACAGUCAAGGAUAUCAAGGAGGCUGAACUUCAAGUGGAACGCAUUACAUCGCAACAGAUGGCGGGUUCGGCAGGACGCAGUGCCGACGAGAUCCAUGAGUUGCAGGCAGGUCUAGCAGAGCAGAUGCGCGGCUUCAAAUCGCGCAUUUCGAAUUUGACGGCUGAUAGGCAACGGGGCCGUGACCAAGCUAAUGUUCUAGAGCUUGAGAAGAGUGAGCUUCGGAACAAGAUCAAUGUCAGCGCUGGCCAACUGGACAAGAAGAAGGACUUGCUAUCGCAAAUUCAGUCGCUGAAAGAAGAGCAAACACAUCAACGCGAAUCGAUUCAGCGGUCUGACGAGGAAUUGGAAAAGAUAGAGCCGAGUAUAAGGGAAGCGCGCUCUAUCCGUGAUGAAACCUUGCGCAAGGGUCGUGCUAAGGAGCAGGCGGCUACCGAGGACCGCGAUGCAAUCUCUAAAUCGGUCAACGAGAUCAAGCUGAUAGAUUUGGAUAUACAAGACUACAUUGACCGUGGUGGACCAGCCAAUAUAGCUUCGAACCAACGACAGAUUUCGAAUCUAGAGAAGACGAUUGAUUCUACCGAGAAGGAAAUGAACACAAUUGCGCAGCGAACCAACAAAUUGAAGCAAGAUAUUGACAAUGGCGAUCGCAAAAAGAAGAAUAUCACUGACAAUAUCAAUUAUCGAAAGAACCUGCGUACUCUUGAAACGCUCAAGCAAGAUAUCGAGGAAUUGGAAGACCGCAACGCGCAUGAAGAUUACGAACGUCUUCAGGCCGAGGCGCGAACUCUAGAGAACCAUGCCAACAGAUUAGUAGCAGAGCGAGGCUCCGUCAUGGGUACGAUGAAGACCAAAGAUGAGGAGCUAGACAGGCUACUACAGGAGUGGGAGAUGGACUAUAAGGAUGCCAAGCAAAAGUAUCGUGAGUCUCACAUCCGAGUGGAAACAACAAAGGCUGCCAUUGAAGACCUGGCACAAUGCGGCGCUGCCGUCGACAAGGCAGUGAUGCAGUUCCACACAAUGAAGAUGGCCGAGGUGAACCGUAUUGCCGGCGAGCUGUGGCAAAGUACAUACCAAGGCACCGACAUUGACACGAUCUUGAUUCGCUCCGACAACGAAGGCACCACUGGCAAGCGCAACUACAACUACCGUCUCUGCAUGGUGAAGCAAGAUACGGAGAUGGACAUGCGCGGUCGAUGCUCAGCUGGCCAAAAGGUACUGGCAAGUAUCAUUAUCCGCUUGGCUCUGGCCGAGUCGUUUGGCGUAAACUGUGGCCUAAUUGCGCUGGAUGAGCCGACGACCAACUUGGAUCGCGACAACAUCAAGAGUCUGGCAGAGAGUUUGCACAUGAUUAUUAAGACGAGACAGGCGCAGAGCAACUUCCAGCUCAUUGUCAUCACUCACGACGAGGACUUUUUGCGCCACAUGCGCUGCAGCGACUUCUGUGAUAGCUUCUUCAGAGUCCGCCGCGAUGAGAGGCAGAAUAGUGUGAUUACGCGAGAGAGCAUUACCAAGAUCUUUUAAAGGUGUAAGUGGGAUGACGGGAUGCUGUGUAUUUAUAGCGAUGCAUGUGUUUGUACAAUAAUAAAGCAUUUGAAUG